UGAGAUAGAUACCUAGGACCUCAAAUAGCAUUCAAAAAAGAAUAUAUAGAAUGUGACAGAAGCAACAUCAAUCCUUUCUGAAAAAGAAUGUCUGUCUUGAUGACAUAUUCAAUGCACAGUGAUCUCGACAAAUCUGGCGAAUUUCACUGUUUUCAGAUGAAAGGUCUACAUAGAACUGAAUUUAUCAGCGACUAUUUAAACUGUGACUAAACAGAAACCAGCACAAUGUCAGAAGAGCUAGACACGUUAGGAGUUCUACCGGAGAUUGAUAGUGAAGGCAACCUGAUGAAGCGGUUUAAGAGAGCCCUCUCCAUGGAGAUCAUGCUUGGCCAAGCGCAUAUCUUCGUAGUUCUUGGAGCUUCGGGAGAUUUGGCCAAGAAAAAGAUCUUUCCGACCUUGUGGUGGUUGUAUAAGGAUGAUCUACUUCCUCCAACCAUAUACAUUGUUGGAUAUGCAAGAUCCAAACUGACCACUAAUGACCUGAAGGCAAAAUGUAUGCCUUUUAUGAAGGUUACUGAUGAAGAGAAGGAAACAUGUGAUAAAUUUUGGGGCAAUGUUAUGUAUGUACAGGGAUCAUACACUGAAGUUGAAUCGUUUGAGAAGUUGCAAACUUCGAUGUCUUGUCUACCUGGUGGAAAUUUUUCAAAUCGUCUUUUUUAUCUUGCUCUACCUCCAACUGUGUUUAAAGAUGUCACUAAGAAUAUCCACAGUGUCUGCAUGAGUACUGGUGGAUGGAACAGAGUGAUCGUUGAAAAACCUUUCGGAAGAGAUUUUGAUUCUUCAGCAGAACUUUCAUGUCAUCUUUCCCAACUUUAUAAAGAAUCACAAUUGUAUAGAAUUGAUCAUUAUCUUGGGAAAGAGAUGGUUCAGAAUCUACUGGUUCUAAGGUUUGGAAAUCGAAUUUUUGGUCCAAUCUGGAAUCGAGACAAUAUUUCCAGCAUCUUGUUCACUUUUAAAGAACCAUUUGGUACGGCUGGAAGAGGAGGAUAUUUUGAUGAGUUUGGUAUUAUCAGGGAUGUUAUGCAAAACCACUUGCUUCAAGUUCUUUGUCUUGUUGCCAUGGAAAAACCUGCUUCAAAAAAUGCAGAUGAUCUCAGGAAUGAAAAGGUUAAGGUGCUGAGGUGUAUCAAACCUUUGGAAAAAAAGGAUAUCGUGUUGGGGCAGUAUGAAGGUGACCCCAAUGGUAAAGGUGAUGCCAAGUUGGGUUAUCUUGAUGAUGACACAGUACCCAACAACUCCAUCACCCCAACAUUUGCAGUGUCUCGUUUUAAUAUAUGCAAUGAAAGAUGGGACGGUGUUCCAUUUAUUAUGAAAUGUGGAAAAGCAAUGAAUGAACGAAAAGCUGAAGUUCGUAUUCAAUUUCGACCUGUACCUGGUGAUAUAUUUGAUGACGGUCAAUUGAAACGCAAUGAACUAGUUGUUCGGGUGCAACCAAACGAGUCUGUUUAUAUUAAAAUGAUGACAAAAACACCUGGAAUGAAGGUGGAACCUGUUGGCACUGAAUUGGAUUUGACGUACAGUAAUAGAUAUAAGGGAGUAAAAAUGCCUGAUGCCUAUGAGAGAUUAAUUUUGGAUGUUUUCAUUGGAUCACAAAUGAAUUUUGUUCGCAGUGAUGAAUUAUCUGAAGCAUGGAGAAUCUUUACUCCAUUACUCCAUGAGAUUGAUGAUGGGAGAUUGAAACCUAUCAAAUAUAAAUAUGGAGUGAGAGGUUUCAAAGAAGCAGAUGAAUUUGUACAGAACUCGGGAUACGUAUAUGAUGCAAACUAUAGAUGGAUACCACCAACUUCACCAGCUAAAUCACCGAAAUAAAUUUCUGAUUUCGUGUAUCCCAUACGUUCAAACAUAUGCAUGAUUGAUUCAUAAUUAAUUUAAAAUGAGACUUAUUCUAUGUAUAAGUACGUAUUUACUCUUGUACUAUCUAUUACACCUAAACAUUUAAGCAGCCUUGCUUAUCAUACGUCAAUAGCUUUUCCUAUCCACAGUUUCAUCUCAGGAUUGCAAUAUUUUAUUUUUUUCCACUUGAAAUUUGAAAUAUUUCCUCAAAUUUUUAUUGAAAUGGCAAACUGAUUUUUUAUGGUGAUGAAUUUACCUUUUUUAAAUCAUGUUUCUUGACAUUAUUUAAAACACACGGUGAGGAACUUCUAUUUGUUUAAUUCUCACAAGAGAUCAGCUAUUAUUAUUUCAUUGUAGUAUGUGAAUUUUGACAUAUAUCAUAUUUUUGCUGCAUAAAUUGCAAAUUUAUAUGUUUUAUAUGUUAUAUGUUUUCCAUUGUGUAAUUCGAAAAAGUUCGUCUUCAAGUCAA